AAAUCUGGUUUACCAAUGUUAAUACAUAGAAGUGAUAUGAGUACUUUAAAUCAUGCCUUCGACGGGGAUUAGAGACGUUUUAGCUUCAACCGCUUCGAUUUGUACAGUUUUACAAUUUUUAGCCGGCGUGCUGGUGUGCAGAAAGAUUAUUAAAAAUGGCACUACAGGAAGUAGUUCAGCUUUAGCAUUUGUAACAUGUUAUACAUCAUGUGUCUUAUGGAUGAGAUAUGGUAUGCUUAUCGAAGAUCGAUUUAUAUUAUUAGUGAAUAUUUUUGGCACAAUACUUCAAGCAUCUUAUGUUUGUGUGUUCAUUUUGUACAGUGUAAAAAAGUUUAAAACAAUCAGGCAAAUGAUUGCAGCAACCUGUUUUCUUGGAGCUAUAUAUUUUUAUAGUUUUUAUGAAGAAGAUAAAAUAUUAGCUGCAAAAUAUAUUGGUUUCCUUAGUUGUAUAGUAACAGUAUUAUUUUUUGCAUCUCCAUUAAUAAUGCUGGCACAUGUAAUAAAAGUUAAAAGUACUGAAACUUUGCCAUUUCCCAUUAUUAUGGCUUCUUUAAUAGUUUCUUGUCAAUGGUUUGCAUAUGGUUGCCUUCUUAAUGAUUAUUUCAUACAAAUACCAAAUUUUUUAGGCUGUGUAUUAUCUGCAUUUCAACUUUGCUUUUUUUUAAUUUAUCGUAAUGAGCAGUCUAAUGAAGCUCACUUAAUAUAA